UGGGGCCAUUAAAGAUUUUUAGUGGUCCAUUAUUAAGGAUCCACAAAUUUAAUCUACACCAGCAAACACCGUAUCACUGCCCCCUCGCCACGUGGCAAUAAUAUUUUCCCAACUCUCUAGAAAACUCGAGAGGUGAAAAAUACGCGGGAAACAUCUCGAAUCGCCGGAAGAAAUCUACACCAUCGACAUCGGCACCUGUAUAUAACCAUUCAAACCUUCCCCUUUUUAUAUAUGAAUUGCAUAAUCUCAGAUUUCAAAACUAAUAAUCAGAAGAAGAAAAGGAUAUCAGAGUUUCGAAUUAUCUGUUUUUGUCGUGUGAGUUUGGUGGAUCGUACCUCUGCACCGGAAACUGAGUCAACCCGAUCCGCUGAUUGCCUUGGAAGCAUCUUCUUACUCCACUUCUUCCAUCUCGUUUUGCCAAUCGUAAGUGAUUUGUGCUGUAUUAUUUCAUCUCGUGGUUUUGAUUUCUAAAUACUGAGCUGGAAAUUAUCCUCGUUUCUGCUGAGUUGUUAGAGCUAAAUCACCCCAUCAAACUGUUUGAUGAAAUUCCUGAAUGAGUGGAUUUUGAUUUUGUAGUUGGUGUUACACUUACACAUUUUGAUUUGAACUGUUUUUUCCAGGAGAUUUCUGCUUAAUUUCCCCCUUAUUUCUCUGUACUGGAAAAUCUAAUUGGGGCAACAAUUUGAGAUGGAUCCUGUGUAUAAAAAUAUGCAGCAAUAUCCAUAUCAGAUUCAGAAGGAUCAAAUGAACCAUGGCCCUUAUUAUUAUCAUCAUCCAGGAACUGAAACUGCACCACCACAAAUGUAUAUGAAUCCGCCUGGACCUCCAGCAAAUUUCGGAUAUUGCCCUUGGAGCAGCAGCUAUGGUUAUCCCUCACCUAUUGGAUGCCAUGGCUGCUGUAACCAUACUCAUCCGCCACCACAUUACGCCUGGGCAACUCCUUAUGGUUCUCAUCUUCCUCCUUUUCAUGUUCCUAUAAAUUAUCCUUCUUUUCCGGUUCCGUACAUGCCGGGUUAUGGAGUGGAGCAGCCUCAAUACGAACACGAAAAUAAUUUGCACAUGGGUCAUCAUUGUUGUGGGUGCUCCAAUCAUCAGUUUCAACCGAAAGAGCAGAACAAUGUGAGAAUCGAAGAGGAAGAGCCUGAGAAGGGAAGGAGAAAAAAUGACUCUCUGGUUCCUUUUCAGUUCAAGAACGGACCUCAUCCUAUUGCGUGGCUUCCAUCUGGUUACAGUAACGACAACGAGCGGGGGAAAGUGAAAGACUCGGAAGAUGGAAAAACUGUUGUACAGAAGCCAGCUUCGUGGAACGGAUGGUACCCUCUUGAUUUCGAUAAUUUGGUACCUUCGAAGCAAAGUGGAGAUGGAGGAAUAAAACGUCCACAAAAUGAUGGCAAGGGGAAUUUCCCGUUUCCAUUGUUUUGGUUGCCUAAUUACAAGCCCGGGGAAAAAGAAAUGGAAGGACAUAAGGGGAACGACUCAAUCUUGGCAUCACAGAAGGAUUCGGGUCCGGGUUCGGAGGAAAGCUUCCAUGUGAACAGGGAAAAAGAAAGACCAGUGAACGAAGGGAAGGGGCACAAAGAAAAGGAGGGUUUCGAAAAUCGGGAGAAAGAAACAGAUGCCUCUGUGAAACCGAGCAUCGGUAGUGGUGAGAAGAAGCUUGACAAUGAAGAAAAGAAGCUUCCCAACAAGGGUGAUAACCGUGAUAAGGGAAAACCCGCUUCAUCAAAAUCAUCCAAGCUACCUCCUGUCUGUCUAAGAGUUGAUCCAUUGCCGAGAAAAAAGGUUGGCAAUGGAAGCUCAACUCGUCAAGGUGACAAAGAAAAACCGAGCACGGUUCUCAAUUCGUCGGACAACAAAGAGCUGGAUAUGGAUACGCGCAGUGAGUUUAAGGAAAAGAAGGGCACAAAAACCAUUGAGGUUGUCGACGCGAAUGCUCAGAAACAACCAAAAAUGGUUGUCAAUGUGCAAAUUCCUAUCGGGCAAGGCAAUGUUUUGACUAAGCCGAAAGAGGAAAAUAUUUGUCAGGGUCAAUCGGAGGAUGUUGGAUCUGCCCUAGAGAAGAAUGGAGAAUUGUUGAGAGAUGAAGCAAUAACGAAGUUGAGGAAAACAGAUCUGUCUGAGGAGGAAGCAGCUGUUGUUAUUCAAUCUGCGUAUCGUGGCUUUGAUACUCGCAAGUGGGAACCCGUAAAGAAGUUGAAACAAAUAGCGAAAGUGAAAGAGGAGAUAGCUAAUGUAAAGCAUCUAAUUCAAGAAAUGGAGGAGUCGGCUUUUGAUGUUGAAGGGAGUGGCAAACAAAGACACAUUGUUGCGGAGAUUAUAAUGAGCCUUCUGCUAAAACUCGACGCUAUACAGGGAUUGCAUCCGAGUGCAAGGGAAAUCAGGAAAUCUUUGGUGAGAGAACUUGUCAUUCUUCAAGAGAGGCUGGAUUCAGUAACAAAGAACAUAAGGCCUGAAAACCCACUCGAAGAGGAGUCAGUUUCAAAACAUGAUGAAGAUGAUUUAAACAAAGCCGAAGAUGUUCUACAAACCGAGAGUGGCAACAAAACCCCAUCGGUGUUAAAGGAGGUGCAUCAGAACCAUGAAAACACGGAAGUCCCAGAGGCGACAGAAAACUUAGAAAAUGAAGCUGCAGAGAAUUCUUUGACUAAAAAUGGCGAGUCAGCAUCAGAAUCGACAAUGAAAAACGAAGACGAGAGGAGCAAUGAAGUGCCCCAAAAUGACGAAUUCUCAAUUCUCGAAGAGGAACUAGUGCUUGAGAAAGGCUCUAAACUCCCAUUAUUGCAGAAUAGCGCCUCUAUAAAUGUGACCGAUUUAGAGCAAACGGAUUGCCACAAGCUUGAGAGCGAUUCGGCUGAGCUUCCUCAAGGUGUACCUAAUGACCCCGAUGCGCGAGACAACAUAAAUUGCAGGGAUGGGACUUCGGAACAGCAGACUGGCACUGCAGAUGAAGAAAACAUCGAAAUUACUCAUGAGGUAUCGGAAUCUGAUCUUCCACCUAGUGAUGUUAAAUUCGAAUUGGAGGCUGAAGAAGCUAGUCCCACUCACAUCAAUGAGUCUUCUGCGUGCAACAAAAUUGGUGGAGAUGCUGAAUUCUUUGACCCUGAUCAACGCAGAGAUCAAGAAUCACUAGACGACACCAUUGCCGAAGCGAAAGUAGAAGCUGAGAAUGUCAAUUUGGAGCGAGAAAUGUGUCGCACCAAUGGCUCUGCAAAUACUUGUGAGGAAACAGCAGAUCAUAUGACUUGUCAAGUCGAAAAUGAAGGACCUUUGGAAGUCACCUCCGAUGAAGCUAAAGAUAGCUCCGUUUCUCGGGUUGAUUCAACUCCGCCUCGGGUUCCGGUUAUCAGGGAUGAUAUGUAUGAGAGUAACAGAAAACUGAUUGAAGAAAAUCAAAGGUUGAAAGACAUCAUGGAGAAAAUGAUUAAAUCAGGACAAGAACAGCUGACUGCCAUUUCAAGUCUUUCUGGGAGAGUCAAAGAUUUGGAGAGGAAACUGUCAAGAAAAAAGAAGCUAAAGAUGAAAAAAGUUAGAGCAAAGUAAAUAUAAGCUAUGGCCAAUUGGCCAUGUAACAGUUUACUGUGUAUUGUGUGUGUGUGUCUUUUUUUUUCUUUUCUGUGUAAUAUAAUAAGAGAGAUAAAUUUGUAAAUUAA